GGAGGAGGAAAUCUGCCAAUCCCCGAUAAACAAACAGACAGAUGACUCAUUCUAUGCCCUUGCUCAAUGCAACAUCUGCAACUUAGAUUCUUUGCAGUCAUUAAGCCCCUCCAGCUGUAAGGAAGACGCGCUGAUGGAAGACAACCGCACGAAGCCAAACAUGCGAAUACAUCACCGGAAACACUAAGGAUUUCUUUGGGUCCGCAGCGCGUGAGGCGUCGUAUGCAGAAUAAGUUAAUGACCUCAGCUGGAAUCUAUGGGAGGGGCUCCGUGAUGCAGAGGCAGCUAGCGGAUUGCUGGGAAGUUUUUCACAUGCAGAACCGGGACGUCGGGAAUAUUUUGAUUUGAUGGCACCGGGUUUGUCAGAGCUGCAGCUUGAAGUUUCAAUUGCCACCUCUGAAUGAAAGUGUAGAGUUUGCUUUGCUAAAGAUCUCAUUGUCACUCAGGCAGAUGUGACCUUCAGAAUAAACAAUAGGUGGAACCUUUUUUUCUUUUCUUCUUCACAAUUCUGGAAAACCUGAUUUGAGAAGAGAUCUGGGGAAUUUCCACCUGGAGGCUCUCUCGCCAUGGAGCAUUCGCCCUCAAUGAACUUGACGGUGGUGGAUGGAGACGAUGUGGAGGACCAGCGGCCCCUCCUCCCGCCGAGGAUGGCUCUCCCGCCUCAGACCUGCCCUCCGCAGUGCGGGAUACACCGCAUGGGCCCGCCAGCGGCUGAUCACACCGUGUGGCUGGACAGAACGCAGGCCAUGGCCACCACGCCGUUAUACAACGGCCACCUUUAUGUCACACCUUCGCCCCGCUCCACCAGGAGGGGGGACAAGGAGAAGAAGUGUGAUCAAAGGCCGGGGGGCAGGGGACAAAAUCCGCCACACAAGGAGUGUAAUCACAGGUGCAAAGCCAAGAACGCAGCAGCUCUCAAACCCCAGGAGAAGGUCACCUCCUUCACUGACGUCCCCGCGCCCGCCCGCCGGGCACCCUGCAAGGGCCCCUUCAGGUCACACGCAAACGUCAAGGAUGGUGAGGUCAGAGGGCGCCGCAAGUCGGGCAGUGUUUCUUUGGAGAUGCACGACCGGCAGAGUCUACCGGAGAUCAUCAUCACCAGCAAAGAGGACGACUUCCAGCCGCAAAGCGAGACGUUCCAGCAUCGCCAGGACCCGACGGGGGCUCGGGGCCUUCUGCCAGGAGCGGAGGGCCCCGGGCCGAGCCCCGACAGCGACUCCCAGAACAGCCCGAAACACAGCGAGGACGGCAAAGCCGACUCGUACUGGAAGACCCACAGCAUUGGCUGGCGGCUGGUCCACAGGAGGGCUCUGUUUCUGAGGAGGCAGCGGCUGAAUGACUGCGCCUUGGCAGUGGGGAUAUUCGGGAUGUUGUUGAUGGUGAUGGAGACGGAGCUCUCCUGGAGCGUCUACAGCAAGAGCUCGGUCUACUCCCUCGCACUCAAGUCCAUCAUCAGCUUUUCCACCAUCAUCCUGCUGGGCCUCAUCAUCGCCUACCACUGCUGUGAGAUCCAGCUCUACGUUCACGACAUUGGUGCAGAGGAUUGGCGGAUUGCCAUGACAACUGAUCGUUUGGCCCUGGUGUGCCUGGAGCUGGCAACGGCCGCCAUUCAUCCAUACCCAGUGGGCCUGAUGGCGUACUUCCAGGAGACCUUCCAACACUCGGCGAAUCGCCUGAUGCUGUCGGAGACGGAGCUGGAGAUCGUCCUGGCCCUGCCCAUGUUCCUCAGGCUCUACCUGCUGGGCCGCGCCAUGAUCCUGCACAGCCGCCUCCUCACCGACACCGCGUCUCGCAGCAUCGGAGCGCUCAACAAGAUACGAUUCAACACCCGGUUUGUGGGGAAAACGCUAAUGACCACCUACCCCGGGACUGUGCUGAUGAUUUUCAGUGUGUCUCUGUGGAUUGUGGCAGCGUGGGGUUUGCAUGUUUGUGAGAGACACCACAACUACAGGGACCUGAGCAGCAACUACAUGGAGGCCUUGUGGAUGGUCUCUGUCACCUUCCUGUCCAUCGGCUACGGAGACGUGGUGCCUCACACCUACUGUGGUCGAAGCAUCUGUCUCCUCACCGGGAUAAUGGGAGCUGGCUGCACAGUCCUGGUGGUGGCCGUCGUUGCCAGAAAACUGGAGUUGUCCAGAGCUGAGAAACAUGUUCACAACUUUAUGAUGGACUCACACAUCUCCAAGAGGAUCAAAAUUGCUGCGGCAAAUGUGGUAAGAGAGACUUGGCUUAUCUACAAACACACUAAGCUGUCCAGAGAGAGAGACCACAGCAGAGUCCGCAUGCACCAACGGAAGCUGCUCCUGGCCAUCCACCAGCUGCGCCAGGUGAAGAUAGAGAAGAGAAUACUGGCAGACCAAGGCAACUCGCUUGUGGACUUAUGCAAGAUGCAAAACCAGAUGUCUGACGUGCUGUCGGAGGUGCAGGGCUGCAGGGGGGAGCUGGACUCACACAUCCACAGCCUGGAGAAGCACGUGGAGGAGUUGAGGGAGGGCUUCAGGAGCCUGAUGCCGCUGCUGUCCAACACCUUGUCCACGCAGAACUCCUCCAUCCGCCACCUGCUCAGGGAGAGGGAGUCGAAGACGGAGAGCGCUGGUGCAAGCGUAGACAGGUAGAAAUAAAGAAAUAAAGGAUUUUUCUGCCUUUAAUACAGCUAUAAUAACCAGGCCGGGAUGUUACUCUUACAAGAGGUAAGCAGACACAUGUUCGUAUCAAACUGCACAGAGGUGUGUCCGUUGUCAUUUCUGUAGCAGAAAUACCAUGAAACCAAACUGUAGAAAUCAGUCACGAUUACCUUCUUAUGGAGGCCUUUUACGUAUUCGCUGGAAUGACAGAAAAAAUGUAAACACUGAUAGUAAAAUAACAACUUGCCACGAAAUGUGAACAAUUAAUUUUAUACGGACAAAUUGGAUUUGCUGUUUUUCUUGGUCAUAUAUGUUAGCAAAUGGGUUAUGGACUGUUAAAAUAACUUUUUUCUACUGUUUUGUGAUGUUUUAUUGACAAACCGUCACAGCCCUGAUCAAUACACGAACCAUCACUUCAAUGUUAGUGAGUACCGUAACCUGUAAAGUCUGCACUUUCCUUUUAUCAUGUAGAGAAAAUAAUAUACAUUGAAGUGUGGUUUGAUGUUGAAAUAUUCAAAUGUAAACUGACAGAACUAGUACCACUUUCUAAUAAAUAUUGUAAAAUGAC